CCAAUGCAUAAAAUAUGGUUGCACAGUUAAUUGUAUAACUGACUUAAAAAAUGCAAACUGUUUCUCAGUGUAGUGAAAACGAACGUACGAAUAUCUUGAAUAUUUUUCGAUAGACUUAAUUUUCACAAGGAUUACUUACGAGUAUUCGAGAUUCCAGAUGAUUAAAAUUGUGUUAUUCACUCAGGGUAUCAUCUGUGCUCAAAGCUGACGACGAAUUCUAUCGGCAAUGUGUGAAAAGUAUGAUUAAAUUCAUGAGCAAUAACGGAGAAUAGAGGAGUAACGCAAUAAACAAAAAGUAAAGAAUGGUAGGCGUGGUGAAAUGAAGGGUUAGAUAAAGCUGAGUAGGAAAUCUAGCGAAAUGAUGCAAGACGAUCCAUUUCCAGCAGCCGAAAGGAUUUUAUUAGAGAUAGACGCGGUUUUCAGAAAAGACCCGAAACUAAAAGAGUUUGACAUUGUUCCGGUAACAGCUAACCAUAACAAGUCACCUGUGCUACAUGUUGAACAUUGCCUCGGGCUGGAGUCCUGGUGUGUCCGCCACGUUUACUGCUACACAUAUCAUCGUAUCAUGGAUGCCAGGCAGCUACGCAGUCGCAGGGAAGAUCCCGCCAUGUUGGCACGUUUACUGUCUGGUGCUCUGUUGAUCAAUCCUGAUGUGACGACUUUCUGGAACAUGCGCCGAGAGCUGCUGCAGGCCGGCAGACUGGACAUGCAGGGAGAGCUGCACUUCAUCGCAGUUCUGUUGUCUCGUAAGCCAAAAUGCACCGAGGCCUUUGCUCACCGCAAGUGGGUGGUCAGAAGGUUGUUGCUAGCUGGUGCAGAUAAGGAUGCACUACUAGAAGAGGAGCUGCAGGUAUCACGCUACGCUGCUGAUCGCUAUCCUAACAACUACCAUGCGUGGAGUCACAGAAUGUGGUGUCUGGCCAACCUUGCUCCAGCAACUAGUGCCAUUCUCCACAAAGAGUGGGCUGCGUCUGAAGCGUGGGUUUCAAGUCACGUCUCGGAUCACAGUGGGAUGCAGUACCGGCAGUUUCUCCUCGACCGUCUGUUGGAACUCAAGCAUUCUGUUAGUGAAGAUAUCGUAGAUACAGGAAGGAAGUCGAUACAGCAGCUUCUUUCCCAUAGCCAGAACGAGGACAACGUUGAUUUCGUACAGUCCGCUCUGAUCAAGUCCGUAGGAUUGAUUGCUUCUGAACUUCUCCUGAACACAGAUCUCAUCCUGAGGUUUGCAGGGCACGAGGCUCUAUGGUGUCAUCGCAGGUACUUGCUCGUAUCUUUUAAAAAGAUAUUAAAUUGUAGGACGGACAUGAAUGGUACUGGGGGCUGUAGGUAUAGUAGCAGUAUAUGUGUAACGAGGAGCAGAUGUGCGGAGAAGCUUAGUGAAGCGGUGUCUAGCGGCCACGUCAAUACGGAAAAUGCCCCGUUGGAAAGAGACCAGAAGCUUAGUUCUCAGGAACUUGGCGCUUUGGACAGAGAUCUAUGUCACCUUCAAGGAGCCAUGAUGUGGCAUGAAGCAAAACUUAUCAGCGGCUGUCAGCCAGAUGAAUUACACCAGCAACGACUGGCCAAGCAGCACCGCAAGUGGCUGUCUCAUGUUCUGAAACUGGACGUCCCAGCAGUUGCAUGAUGCAGUUAAAAGAAUGGUUACAUGGUUGUAUAGUUCACAGGUCACAGUAUUAUACUUCAUUUAUUGCGUAACAUUUUGGAUAGAAUUUUUUGAAAUAGAAGUUUUACUAUCGGAGAACUGAAAUGUCUUCUCUCCCUUGUGUAUAAAGUGCAACAAAACCUCAUUAUCACAGUUGUGAUUGAUUGAUUCUUCAAUUUUGUAGCAAUAAUUUAUCAGCUGCUUAGGUUAUUACUUUCGAAUGGUAAGGUGAUUAUAUAAAUUAUGAAGUGGAAAGGAUCUGGAAGGAUAGGUCAUAGUUACUAUUCCAGUACCUGGCUGGAGGGACUGAAGAAAUCCACAAGGAACCUUAGGUAGAAUAGCCAGUCUCUAGUCUGAGAUUCAUUCAAGAAAGAUGUAUGUAACAUUCUGGUAUGAUUUAGAGCAAUAAUUAUUUUAAUUUCUUGAAUGUGACCAUGUUGCAAACCAAGCAUCACAACCAAAUGGUUGGCACUCCUGCUUUAUAUUUGGUAGGUCCCAACUUUAAAUUUUAGCACAUAAACUGGCUAUUCUGAAUGAGGGUUUCUGUGGUUUUGCUCAGUUCAUCCAGGAAAGUCGUGGGGUAGUACCUUAAAUUAGAAUAUGAGCACUUCCUUCCUUAUCCCUCCGAAUGAAUUAUUCACUAACCAUCUUAACAUUCAAUGCUCUUAAGAUCCAAGUAAUUUAAAGUGCUGUCAAAUAAAUCAAGAAUAGAAAAAAUAACUUGCAAUGGUGCCAAAUUUAUGCUAAUUUGUUUUCAGUAACAAUGUUGUUUGCCAAUGAUUUGAGAUUCUUGAGCCAAACUUUGUCUCCAUUUAUAUGUUCUGUGUGAUAAUUGAUUGCACGGAAUAUGAACUUCACUUAUAGGACGUCUUCUGACGUGGCCAGAGCCGUCUGAUGGAAACAUUAAUGCUGUAGCUGAUUAAUUUUUGGAAGAGUGGAAUUGUGGUUAGGACAUAAACUCCUUGGCACAGUGCAUCUAAUAGUUAUUCUACUGAAAUUUCAUUAUUAUGGAACCAAAUAUCUGACUCUUGAACACAUGCAACUGAUUUCCUCCAAGACUGAUAUCAUUCUACCAUCUACUAUUUGGUCUCCUCAGAGGUCUCUUUCCACAAGUGUUUCCAGCCGAAAUAUUAUGUAGUACGUAAGGCAUAUACUGUGUACAUUUUCUACUUCAUGACUUUCUUGACUCCUCAUCUGGCCCUAUCAGCAUCCUUUGAUAUAAGGACCCUAAUAAUGCUAGAUGAAGAGAAAACACUGUGAAGUUUCUCAUAAUUUUCUCCGACAGAGUAUUAACUAAUGUUCCUUAGAUACGGAUAUUCUCCUCAGCCCUUCAAUAAAUGCUUUUACUUGAAGGUAUGAACAUUGUUUUCACCCAUGCACGACGUUGGGUAAAAUGGUAGUGCGAGACACGCAGUAACGGAGCAGAGACUGACUUGUGCUCAGAACAUGAGUCAAAAAGCAGCUAAACAUAGUCGACCGAGAGUAGUUUGGGCACCGAGAUUAAGAAUCUUGUGCUUGGCACAAAAAUUUGUAAUUCUUACCUACAAGGGACUGUUGUGCAUUUUGUGCAGCUUGUAAGGGGCCUUAGGCUUAGAGUGCAAUGUAGCUAUAGAGACUUAAUUUUUGAUAUUCAGAUUAACCCAGGCUGAACACAAAUUUUUGAAAGUGGAUUCAUGUCUCAGGUAUGUUAAAAUCCUAAAAUGUCCUAUACACUGGGAUAUCACUGUGCAGACUUGUUGUGUUAUCAGUAACUUUCAAUUUUAGACAUAAGUUGAAAGGAUUUUUCUCCCUUUCAGAAAGCAAUUGCUUCCAUGACGACUGCAAGCUAGAUAACAGUCGACAAUUUUGCCGUACAUCAAAAUGUUGUUACUAUGAUAUUAGGUUAGAGAUUGUAUUAUAAUUUGCGAUUUUGUUCAACCUGUGAGAAACUUCCUUUCAUGUCACAUACAAUUUUAACUGAUCAAUUAAUUGUUAAAUGUGUACCAGGAACAUGUUCUUUUACGAUUCCAGGGCUUUCUUCCAACUGUAUAUAUAUAUAUAAGAGCAAUAAAAGUGUUGAUGUUCAACUCAUA